UACGGUGCGGAUUGUUUAUCGAUUUGUUUUGGUUAGAAACUAACGUGAAAUCACCGUGAGACCUUGCGAUUGCUGGAUAAUUAUGAUUCUUUAACGUUUAUUAUAAAGGGAGUUCACGAUGGAGCAAGUCUACGCUUUGGAGGUUACUUUAAUCGAAUUUGUUCAAGACUGGUUCCGCGACUGGGACGGGUACCUACAAUGGGUGAACGACAUCUCGAACCCGCACAUGCUGCUUGAGUUCCUGUUCCCUCUCAUCUCCAUCGUGGACUCGGUGUUCGCUGCUCAGAUGCUGCUGGCCCUCAGCUUCGGGGGCUGGCUCAAUACUGUCAUGAAAUGGUGGUUACUAGAAGACCGCCCAUACUGGUGGGUGCAUGAAACCACGUUCUACACCUCGCACCGACCGCGGCUCAAGCAGAACAGACAGACAUGCGAAACGGGCCCGGGCUCGCCCUCGGGCCACAGUGCGGCCGGCGCCGCGGCCUUGGUGUUACUGCUCAUGUUCAUAUCACACGUCAUGCGAGAUCGUAAAUUCUACAUGCGCUAUUGGAAAUACGUCAUGUACCCGCUGUGUGGGGCUGCGAUGGCGUCUAUAAUUCUAGCCAGGCUGUAUGUUGGGGCACAUUUCCCGCACCAAUGCCUGCUUGGCGCUUUGGUUGGCGCCUUCAUGGCACCAGCGCUCUGUAUCUACGUAUCGGACCCGUACAUCUGGAAGUACGGUCCGGAGUGGUCCGGUAUGGCGUGGCACGCGGCUGCCGCCGUCAUAGCGGCCGCUAUCGGGGGAGUUACCUACGCGGGUCUCAAGAUAUGUGGGAUAGACCCGCAGUGGACUGUCAAAUUGGCAUUCCGCUGGUGCCAGCAACCUUCGGAGAUCCACGUGACCACGACACCUUUGUUCGCGCUGAUGCAGUCCACCGCCGCCAUGUUGGGCUGGGCUCUCAGCGUCACCCCUGCAGUGGCCGAGUACCGUCAUUAUACGCCGCACCGCUCGCUCAUUAUGUCAUCGUUCACAACCGGCGUCAUUAUGUACGGCUUCCAACAGUUAUCAGCGCAAGUUGACAAGACCAGUGUUUUCAGGUUCUACGCGAGUCACUUUGUGCUGAACGCAGUGAAACCGGCGCUGUUGCUGCGGCUGACCCCGACCCUAGCCAUGAUGCCUUUUAGCCCCAAGCACAAAACCGAUUAG